AUGUCUUCUCCUCUCGUCUGGCUCAUCACUGGCACCUCGUCUGGUCUCGGUCGCGACUUUGCUGAGGCGGCGCUCAAGCGCGGUGACAAGGUCAUCGCCACAGCCCGCGGUCGCUCAAUCGCGAAGGUCGACGACCUCAAGGCGCAGGGCGCAGACGCUCUCGAGCUUGACGUCACUGCUUCUCUCUCCGAUCUGCAGGCCGUCGCCGCAAAGGCAAUCGCAAUUCAUGGUCGGGUCGACGUCGUCGUGAACAACGCCGGUUACGUCGACUUUGGGGCCCUCGAAGAGAGGACUCCAGAGGAGUCGGUAGCGCAGUUCAAUACCAACGUCUUCGGUGCUUUAAACGUCACGCGCGCUUUCCUGCCCCAUAUGCGUGAGCGUAAGUCCGGGUCCAUUGUAUUCCUCGGCUCCAUGGCUGGGUGGUUCGGAGCUCCCGGCUUGGGCAUGUACACUGCCAGCAAGCACGCUAUCCGCGCCAUCGCCGAGUCGCUCGCUGGAGAGGUCGCGCCUUUCGGCAUCAAAGUGCUGAACAUCGAGCCGGGGUACUUCCGCACCGCGCUCUUGCAACCCGGUAUGCGCUCGGAGUACGAAGCACGGAUUCCGGACUACCAGUCUACCGUUGGUCCUACCAACGAUACACUUCAGGCGGCGAAUGGAAAGCAGGCCGGUGACCCUGUAAAGGGCGCGCAGAUUCUUGUCGACCUUAUCCACGGAACUGGCGCGGUGAAGGGCAAAGAGUUGCCUGUGACCAUCGGGUUUGGGUCGGAUUACCACGAGGCAGUGAAGGCGGCAUCUGAAGGAACGCUGAAGCGCUUGGCGGACUGGGAGCAGUUGACGAAGAGCACCGAUUUCCCCAAGGGUACAUAG